GGAAGGAAAAGUUUUUCAAAAGUUUCUGGAGGUGAGAGGAGAAUCACAGCAGCCGUGGCCGUGCUGCGGAGGAUAAUACGGGAUUUGGGACCUAACGCUACGCUCUCCGGCUUACCCAUCGACUUCGGAGGCUUUAUUUUUGUGUGAACUUAUCAAAGGAUGUAUUUUUACUAAAAACCCCAAAUUGAUACGCUGGAAACUUUUCCACCGAAAUGGAAGGGAAUAUUCCAUGGAUUAUUUUGUCGUUUUUAUUGUUUAUGCACAUUUGCGAAGGGUUCCGGUGCCUGGAUAAACACAGACCCUGUGAAAAUGGAGGGACUUGCUUAGAUUCAUCAUCUCAGUGCAUAUGCCGUCCUGGAUUCAUUGGACCUCUCUGUCAGCACCUGGAUCCAUGUCAUCGAUCACCGUGUCUCAAUGGAGCUGCUUGCAAGAGCCAUGUGAUCAACAAUAUCCCGCAAUUCAGCUGUGUGUGCCAGAGAGGGUUCCGAGGCCAAGACUGCUCCCUAAUCGAUGCCUGUGCUACAAGUCCAUGUGCCAAUGGGGCCCGUUGUGUCAAUUGGAAUAACCACUACAACUGUUCCUGCCCACCUGGCUUCCAAGGAAAGAACUGCCGCAACGACAUUGACGAGUGCCGCAAGCCUGGCGUGUGCCUCAAUGCUGGCCUCUGCAUUAACACCCUUGGGUCCUUCCGCUGUCAGUGCCAGCCUGGAUACAGCGGGCGAACGUGCGAGGUGUCCACCCUGCCCUGUGCCCCAUCUCAGUGCCUUAAUGGAGGAACCUGCAGACAGACCAGUGACCAUUCCUACGAGUGUGCCUGCCUCCCAGGUUUUGAGGGUCACAACUGUGAGAAUAAUGUGGAUGACUGUCCGGGUCACAAGUGCAUGAAUGGAGGAAUAUGUGUUGACGGAGUCAAUACCUAUAAUUGCCAGUGUCCACCAGAAUGGACAGGGCAAUACUGUGCUGAGGAUGUCAAUGAGUGUCUCAUGCAACCCAACGCCUGUCACAAUGGCGGAACAUGCUUCAACACCAUCGGUGGCCACACCUGUGUCUGUGUUAACGGCUGGACCGGGGAUGACUGCAGUGAGAACAUUGACGAUUGUGCAAUAGCCGUCUGCUUCAAUGGCGCCACCUGUCAUGACCGUGUGGCUUCCUUCUUCUGCGAGUGUCCAGUUGGAAAGACUGGUUUGCUGUGCCACCUUGAAGAUGCAUGUGUGAGUAACCCCUGCAACGAGGGCGCAGUCUGCGAUACCAACCCUCUAAAUGGCCGCGCCAUUUGCACCUGCCCUGCCGGCUUUGUAGGAGGCGCAUGCAACCAAGACAUGGAUGAAUGCUCUAUUGGUGCAAAUCCAUGUGAGCAUUUUGGAAAGUGUGUGAACACAGAGGGCUCCUUCCAGUGUCAGUGCGGUCGAGGUUAUGCAGGCCCAAGAUGUGAGAUUGACAUCAACGAAUGCCUCUCAAUGCCCUGCCAGAAUGACGCCACUUGUCUGGACCGCAUUGGAGAGUUCACCUGCAUCUGCAUGCCAGGCUACAUGGGGACCUAUUGCGAAAUUGAUGUGGAUGACUGUGAGAGCAACCCGUGCGUGAACGACGGCAUCUGUCGGGACAUGGUCAAUGGCUUCACAUGCACCUGUCAGCCAGGGUUUACUGGCACCAUGUGUCAAAUCGACAUCGAUGAGUGCGCCAGCACGCCCUGCCAGAACGGAGCAAAGUGCUACGACCGGCCCAAUGGGUUUGAGUGCCGCUGUGCUGAAGGCUACGAAGGGACACUCUGCGAGAGUAAUAUCAACAACUGUCAGCCUGACCCAUGCCACCAUGGUACUUGCAUGGAUGGCAUUGCCAGCUACACAUGUAACUGUGAUGCCGGCUACACCGGUUAUCGCUGUGAGAAUCAGCUCAACGAGUGCCACAGCAACCCCUGCCAGAACGGUGGCAAGUGCGUGGACCUGGUCAAUAAGUACAUUUGCCAGUGCCAACAUGGAACCUCAGGCACAAACUGUGAGAUAAACUUCGACGACUGUGCCAGUAACCCAUGUGACUAUGGUGUCUGUAAAGAUGGCAUCAACCGAUAUGACUGUGUUUGCAAACCCGGCUUCACUGGUCCCAAAUGCAAUGUUGAAAUAGACGAGUGUGCAUCGAGCCCCUGUAGGAAUGGAGGAACGUGUGUGGAUAAAGAGAACGGAUUUCACUGCCAGUGUCCAGAGGGCUUCAAGCCACCUUACUGUUACUCUCAGGUGGAUGAAUGCGGCAGCAGCCCGUGUAUCCAUGGCACAUGCAGGGAUGACAUCAACGGUUACCGCUGUGACUGUGAGCCCGGAUGGGUGGGGAAGAACUGUGAUUUGGACAGGAACGACUGUUUGCCAAGCCCCUGCCAGAACGCAGGCACGUGUAUCGACCAGCUCAAUGGUUUCACCUGCAAGUGUCGUCAAGGCUUCAGAGGUAACCUCUGCCAAGUGAACAUCAAUGAGUGCUCAUCCAGUCCCUGUCUGAACAAGGGCACCUGUGUGGACGGUGUGGCAAGUUUCACCUGUGUCUGUGAGCUUCCAUACAGUGGACCCACUUGUGCUGAGGUCCUCACCCCUUGCUCCCCUAACCCAUGCGCCAAUCAUGCUAUCUGUACUCAUACACCCGACUACUUGGGCUAUCAGUGUAACUGUCAGUCAGGGUGGCAAGGCCAGCUGUGCAACAUAGAUGUAAAUGAAUGUGUCUCAAACCCCUGCAAAAACCGUGGGACCUGCACUAACACACUCGGAGGCUUCGUGUGCGCCUGCAGAGGAGGAUACACCGGUCUGACCUGCGAAACGGACAUCAACGACUGUGCUCCUAAUCCCUGCCUCAGCGGAGGCUCCUGCACAGAUGAUGUGAACUCCUUCCACUGUAACUGCCUGCCAGGAUUCACGGGGCCACGCUGUGCUUCAGAAAUCAAUGAAUGCCAGAGUUCCCCAUGCAAAAACGGAGGCACAUGCACAGACUAUGUUAACUCCUACACCUGCACCUGCAGGCCUGGCUUUACCGGCAUCCACUGCGAAACCAACAUCCCCGAUUGCACUGAAAGUUCUUGCUUCAAUGGAGGGACAUGCACAGAUAAAAUCAAUGGCUACUCCUGUAAGUGCCGUUCUGGCUUUACUGGCUCUCACUGCCAAUAUGAAGUCAAUGAGUGUGACUCCCAGCCCUGCCUCAAUGGAGGUAUCUGUCAAGAUGCCCUGGAGUCCUUCAGGUGCUCUUGUCCCAAGGGAUACACCGGAAAUCGCUGCCAGACACCGGUUGAUUGGUGCAGGCGCUCAUCCCCUUGCCAAAAUGGAGGACGUUGUCGCCAAAAGGAUGCUUCCUUCAUCUGUGAUUGUACUAAUGGCUGGUCCGGGCGUUACUGUGACAUCCCCAGAGUUUCCUGUGAGACAGCUGCUCGCCAGAGAGGACUCCAGACAGAUGAACUAUGCCACCAUGGUGGGCACUGUGUCAACACUGGGAAUGCCCACUACUGUAAAUGUCCCGGCGACUACACUGGAAGCUAUUGCGAAAGUCAAGUGGACCACUGCGAAGACAAACCUUGCCGCAAUGGCGCCACCUGCAGGGGAUAUGUGGGAGGCUACCAGUGUGACUGUAUGCCAGGAUAUACUGGACAGAACUGUGAGAUAGAAAUCAACGAGUGUCAGUCUCAUCCAUGUCAGAACGGAGGUACUUGCAUCGAUCUCGUGGGACAUUAUAUCUGCUCCUGUCCCCCUGGCACAUUGGGUGUUCUCUGUGAGAUCAAUGAAGAUGACUGUGCUCCACCCUUGAGGGUACGCAGUGCUCCUCCCAAGUGCCUGAACAAUGGCACCUGUGUGGACAGAGUGGGCGGAUAUCGCUGCAACUGUCCCCCUGGUUUCACCGGAGAAAGAUGCGAGGGAGACAUAAAUGAAUGUCUCUCCAACCCGUGCAGCCAUUCCAACAGUCUUGACUGCAUCCAGCUGCCGAAUGACUACCAAUGCGUCUGCAAGCCCGGCUUCACAGGUCGGAGGUGUCAGAGCAGGUUCAGCGUGUGUGAGUCUCAGCCCUGUCAGAACGGAGGAGCCUGUUCAGUAACCAGCACCUCGGCCCAAGGAUACAUCUGCACAUGUCAACUUGGUUAUACUGGGCAAAACUGUGAAAGAAGCAUGUCCUGUCGGGAGCUGUCCUGCUACAACGGAGGUAGCUGUGCACUUACCACAAGGGGGGCUCGCUGCACCUGCCUGCCAGGCUAUGGUGGCCCCCAGUGUCAGCAUCGCAGCAACGAGGGCUGCUCCUCCCAACCCUGCCACAAUGGAGGAUUAUGCACUGAAGAGACCAGCUUUCCGUUCUUCCACUGCCAGUGUCCUAGUGGGUGGAUGGGUAAACGGUGUGAACAGGGCAGCAGGCCCCCGGAGCUCGCGACACCUUCAUGCCCUCUGGCAGACUGUCACAGCAAGGCCAACGAUGGUGUUUGUGACAAGGAAUGCAACACGUUCCUUUGUCGCUGGGAUGGUGGCGACUGCUCUUUAGCAGUGAACCCCUGGGCUCAUUGCACAGACCCUCGUUGCUGGCGUGUCUUCAACAACAGCCAGUGUGACAAGUCCUGUAACAAUGCUGAAUGUCUGUACGACAACUUUGACUGCAAAACGAAGGAGAAAGUUUGCAAUCCAAUAUAUGAAACCUACUGCAUCGACCACUAUGCAGAUGGACUGUGUGACCAAGGCUGCAACACAGAAGAGUGUGGGUGGGAUGGCUUGGACUGCGCAAAGAAGGUUCCGGAGGACCUUGCCGAUGGUGUUUUGGUUCUGGUGGUCUUACUGCCUCCAGAGGAGCUUCUCCGCACCCGCACGGCCUUUCUGCAGAAAUUAAGUGCCAUUCUUCAUACUUCGGUGCGCUUCAGGCUGGACAGUAAUGGGGAACCCAUGAUCCUCCGCUACACUCGCCAAGAAGCGCGCAUGAAGCGGGAGCUGGAGCCUCAACAGGAGGUCAUCGGAUCCGUGGUGUACGUGGAAAUAGACAACCGUUUGUGCUAUCAGGAGGAUUGCUUCCCGACCGCUGACAGUGCUGCAGAGUACUUGGGAGCUCUGUCAGCUGUAGAAAUGCUCCGCUUCCCUUAUCCCCUCAAAGAAGUCCGCGGUGAAAAGUUUGAAGACCCCAUACCGUGGGACAAGCUGAUGGUGGUGGGGGCAGCUUCUCUUUUCCUGUUGGUCAUACUGGUCAUAGGCAUGUUAAUUGCUCGUAGAAAGAGAGAGCAUAGCACCCUCUGGUUCCCCGAGGGCUUCUUCCUCAAGAAAGAACCCAGCAGUAACAAGAAUCGCAGGGAGCCUGUGGGCCAGGAUGCUCUGGGAAUGAAGCACAUGCCAAAGACCGUGGAGGAAUCUCUACUCGGCGAUCACAGUGACCAGUGGAUGGACUCAGACUGCCCCGAAGCGAAAAGGCUUAAGGUUGAAGAGCCUAGUAUACUCUCAGACAAUGAAGACACAGUGGACUGCAGGCAGUGGACACAGCAUCACCUUGCAGCUGCAGACAUCCGCGUGCCACCCACCAUGGCCCUCACACCACCUCAAGGAGAGUUUGAAAGCGACUGCAUGGAUGUUAAUGUCCGAGGCCCAGAUGGUUUUACACCUCUGAUGCUGGCAUCUUUCUGUGGAGGCGGCUUAGAGCCUGAGUUACCCGAGGAGGAGGAGAACGAGGAGUGCUCUGCCAACAUCAUCUCUGACCUUAUCUACCAGGGCGCAUCCCUUGCUGCCCAAACAGACCGCACCGGCGAGACAGCGCUCCACCUGGCCGCGCGCUACGCCCGUGCCGAUGCCGCUAAGAGGCUGCUGGAUGCCGGGGCUGACGCCAAUGCUCAAGACAACACAGGACGCACACCGCUACAUGCCGCGGUGGCUGCAGAUGCACAGGGCGUCUUCCAGAUUCUUAUCCGAAAUCGAGCCACAGAUCUCGACUCCCGUAUGUAUGAUGGCUCCACUGCGCUGAUCCUCGCUGCACGGCUGGCAGUAGAGGGCAUGGUAGAAGAGCUAAUCACUUGUCAUGCCGACGUCAAUGCGGUUGACGAACUGGGCAAAUCUGCCUUGCACUGGGCUGCUGCUGUUAACAAUGUGGACGCCACCGUUGCCCUGCUGAAGAAUGGAGCAAACAAAGACAUGCAGGAUCUCAAGGAGGAGACCCCUCUGUUCCUUGCAGCUCGUGAGGGCAGCUGUGAGGCUGUGAAGGUGCUGCUGGCUCACUUUGCAAACAGAGAAAUCACAGACCACAUGGACAGGUUGCCAAGAGACAUUGCGCAGGAGCGUAUGCACCACGACAUUGUGCAGCUUCUUGAUGAAUACAACACAGUAAGGAGUCCACAGGGCCACGGAGGGGCUGGACACCACCUCACGGGGGGACACACUCUGUCUCCUCUCAUGUGUCCUCCCAGCGCCUUCCUUCCUAGCCUGAAGACCACCCCGCAGGGAAAGAAGAACCGCCGGCCUGGGGCCAAGGGCUCUAACCUGGGAAGCCAGCACGCCAACAGUCUGAAGGAGUCGGUGAAGGCCCGCAAUAAGAAGCUGACUCUGGACAUGCAGAGUGCUUUACUGGAGAGCUCAGUUACUCUGUCCCCAGUUGACUCGCUGGACUCACCGCACGGGGGAGCUAGCAAUGCUGGCUACAUCACCAAUCCCACUUCCCCUGUGGCCAUGCAGUCGCCAGGGCUUUUCCACUCCUCCAUGUCUGUCCCAAACACCCCAAUGGUACACAGUAGCAUGUUGGAGGGAGGCGGCCCGUUUGCUGUGUCUCUAGCUCAACUGAAUGACCUGGGAGCUGGAGGAAUGUCCUUACAGGGCCAUGUCUCUAUGGCUUCAGAUGUCAACCAUGGCUAUGUGCUGAGUUCAGGUCAGAUGGGGAUCAACAUGGGUAUGGUCAGUCCUGUCAGCGUGCCCUUCGACUGGCACAGCCGGAUGCCCCCCUCCUCCCAGUGUGGUCAGCAGGUCGUGAAUAUUGCGCACAACAGCCAGGCGGGCAUGCACCCCCAGGGUCCAGCCAUGCAGCAGAGCAUGCUGAUGCACCAACAGCAGAUCUACCGCAAUACCAUGCUGCAGCCCACACCUGUUACCUCCACACCCACCAUCAGCCCAGUAAAGUUGCCUUCCAUUGCCGAGCACCAACAGCAGCAGCAGCUCAUGAAUCACAGCAUCACCAGCCAGCAGAACAUGGCUCGCAUGGGCACUUCGACCCCACCAACGCCUCAGACUUCACAGCCUGCCCCAUCCUUCUUCCAGCAGCAGCAGCAGCAGCAGCAACAGCAGCAGCAGAUGCCUCAGCAACCCUCUCAGCCCCAAACUCCGGCUCAGCCCCCACAGGCAGUAACACCAGCGAGCCAACCCACUCAAGCUCUGCCCGCCCAGCCCAGUGGCAGCACUGCUGGAAAGGAAGAUUACCCAACCCCUCCAUCCCAGCACAGCUACUCAUCCGCACUAGAUGCCACGCCCAAGCAUUACCUCCGUCUGCCCAGUGAGCAUCCCUACCUGACCCCCUCGCCAGAGUCUCCCGAGCACUGGUCCAGUCCCUCGCCUCACUGCGUCUCCGACUGGUCAGAUUCCACACCCAGUCCAGCAGUCGCAGUCCCCGCCCAGACCCAAAUUACUCAAAUGCCAGAGGCCAAUGGGAAGAUGCAGGUGUUUGCGUGAAGAUCCUGUGGCCUCUGCUUGAAAAGGGACCUGGGGUAAAAGAAAUUGUGGACUGGCUCUUCUGCCCGUCAGAGUUUUUAUGUGUCAGCCUGUUUCCAAGAUUUUCAUUGGAUUUGGAUUGACUGUGUUUAUCACGAGGACCGUCUGCUAGUGAUUGCUGCAGAGAGAAAAAAAAACAGUAAAGGGAAAUGUGUUGUCUGGAGAAAAACAGCAGACAAUUUAAUGAAGUAAUUCUGUCACAGAUGGACUUGUUUUUUAUUAUAAAAAAAAAAAAAAGUAUAUGAAGAAAACCAAGUCUUUCAUUUCAAAGACUUAGGGACGCUCUCCUGAAAACUAACAAACAUUUUAAAAGUAGUAAAAAGUAAAAGUGAAAUGUUGAAGGGAAUUCAUUUAUUUUUUAUUUAUUGUUUAUAUUUGAACUGCUUCUUAGGUGUUUCUUUCCCUGUCCUAGCUUCUUAAGUGCCACCCCAAGAUGAUGAGCCGGUUCUAGCAAAUACAUUUCAUGAGUUGCUCUGCAGUAGUGAUGUAUCUGAUAAAAUUGUGGCAAAUAUUUACCUUCCGUAUGAGUAUUAUGAACAAGAAUGUAGAUAAGUGUCUCAGAAGCACUUCAAGUGACCAGCCUCAUAAGGGCCAGUGUGGAUCAAACAGAGCAUUUGAAUAGAUAUUUAUAAUAUGGGUGGCAACACAUGUUCAUUUUCUUCAUAGCCUUUCAAAAUUAAUCAACAGGUCCCAUGCCUCCAUUUGUCUCGCAAUAAUUCCGACUGCCUGUUUUGCUUCCCCACCUUCGAAUACCUUCAGUUUUCGUUUUGUUUUAAUUCACUUUAAGAUAAAUCUUAAAUCUUGUGCCUAUAAAAUCAGCAAUUCACUGCCCUUAUGUUUUGUUUCUUUUGUUUUAUACCCUGUAUAUUUGUGGAAACCCAUGAAUACCUUUUUAAACAUCACUUCAGAUGUACUAAGCUAUGCUUAUAUCAGCUGCUAUUUUGUAUCACUCUUCCCUGUAAACAUUCCUCCGUGUUGCUUGUCCUGUCGAGUCUGGAUGCUGCGCUCUUUCAGCGGGAUCCUUCACAGAAAUGACUGGCAGGACGUGCUAAACCCAUAUCUUGUCAUUGAGACUUAAUGGACUAUCUGUAGCAGCUGGGACCUCGGGGGCGCUCUUACCUUGCCUCCGCGAGGAUCCGCGGCGGGAGUCGUGGUCAGUGUGAGGAUGUGACUGCUGGACUGCGACUGCUUGUGCCCUGUCACUCCUCAGGGAGGUGUUUUAUGGCAUGCAGUGGGACAGUUCCUCUGCAUCUACAGUAGCUUCCAGUCCGGGGGCCACGGAGUUGCAUCUCGAGAUGACUGUUAAAAGAGACUGAAGGAACAAAAACACUACCAUGUAGUGCUGCGCCCUUUGACUUUUUACAAAAUUCUGAGAUGACGCUGUCUGCGUAAUGUCUGACCAACUCUUAUUUCCUCCUGACCUGAUUGUGUAUGAUAGAGGUUAACCUCUCCUUAACAUUUGUGGGCAUUACGAAAUAAAGUCAAUAUAUAAUAGUAGAAAUUUGAAAAAGUAAACUUUGCAUUUCAUCUUAUGACAGCAUCAAAAGAAAUGAGUAGGCAGCCGCCCCUAGCUACUACUUUUGUGGUGACUUAAACACUGUCCUAGUCGUGUCAUAGUGUUUAUCUUUAAUUCAUUGUUUUAUCCUGUUCACUAUAGAAUCAGCUAUUGUUCUGUCAGACCUGGGAAACAUAUUUUUGUUCACCGUUCGUUUCACAUCUUACUUACAAGGAAAAGUUUGUUUGUUUUUUUAUAAUUUUUUUAUAUAUAACUGGCCAUGCAUUUUUUUCUUCCCUACCAGGUCGCACUAAGUGUUUUGUACAUUUCAACCUCCCGAUUUCUGUUUGUAAAUAUAUUUGUUCUGGGUAGAUCAUUGCUUGAGAAGUUUCUAAAAUGAUGUCGUGUACUAAAAAGGUCAAAAAUAAAAUGUACUUCAUUUAGCAUUA